ACAAUAGUCUCUGGAAAGAGGCGAAAUCACUCGCCUAUUGAAGAUUACCCAAUAGAUCUUUCAAUCGGCUUGCUCGAGUUUUCUCUCUCUCAGGAGAGAGUUAAGCUUCGAUUGGCUAGGAGAAGUAUCAGUAGAGCGGAGUUGGAGUCUUUAUAUACCGAAGGUGUUCCGGCGAAGAUUCUGUUUUCCGGUAUCGGUUGUGUUGGGACCCAGACGAGAGAAGAAGAGACAUUCUCUAGAAUCUGCAGAUUUUCUCGCGCAUUCCCGAGAAAUCUUCCCUCCACGCAAGAAUCCACGAAGAUGGAUCAAGAGACUUCCCUCUACCUUUGGGAUCUUGAUUCUUCAGUUAAAGAGCCGGAGCUAUUUCCAAACUCUCUCAUCUCUGUUGAAAUAUACAAAGAUGAAAGAAAUCACUCUUUGGGAAAAGCCAAGGCUACUUUCAGAGAGCGUGAAACGGACGUGGCCAUUGUUGUUUUCCGAUCGAUCAACGCUUAUGUUAAAGACAUUACUUUACCACUCGGCGACUCUGUAAUCGGUAUCUCUGUUGAUUCUUUUCCACCACAUAUGCUGAAUAAUGAGGCGGAACAUGACCUUACGAACGUUGGAAAUAGUGAUUCUCUCCAGACUCCAGCAAAUACGUUGAGUAAUCAUACCGAGCUUGACAUUUAUGUUGGAAACAUCUCUGCUGCUACGACCGCUGAAAAGCUGAUGGCUGAGUUUGGUCACUAUGGUUUGGUGAUUGACGCAAAGGUAGUUAAGAAAGCAGGUAUAUCCUACGGGUUUGCGAAAUUUGAGGAUCCAGAGAACAGUUUUGCUGCGAUUCAAGCUCUAAAUGGCAAAGUGAUUGAUGGAAAUGCUUGGAGAGUCGAGAAAGUACACAAAAAUAAGAAGCAGAUGCGUGAAGUGGAGAUUAGAGGAGCGAUGGAGGAAGGGAGGGUGUUGUAUGCGAGUAACUUGAGUUAUCAAGUGAAAGAUAGUGACUUGGAGAGGUUUUUUGGCCAAUUUGGUGAUAUCGUCGCAUGCCGCAUAAGGAGACUUAGUGAUGGCAGGAGCAGAGGAGAUGCGUUCAUUGAGUAUUCUACAAAGGAGUCGGUGGCUAGAGCGAUACUUGCAAUGGAGGGAAAGACCGUUUGGGGAAGACCUAUUUACGUGGGGUUAGGGAAAAUCAAUCCAUGAUUCUAACCAAAAAAACCUUUUUUAAAUAUUGCAAAAUUUGGUUUGGUGAUCAAACACAGUAGGGUAUAUGGUUAAGGUUCAUUUGAACAACCCAUUCAUAUAUGAUAUAUGAUUUGUAUAUAAACAAUAGUCGCGAGAAAGAAAUUACUUUUGCUUUUACCUUUCCUUUCUUUCCCUCUUAGCUUUCGUUUGUGA